AUGAACCUGACGACUACCUUGACAUACGAUGUGGUUGAUUAUCAUGCCGAUAUGAUGACAUGCUUGAGUCAGUCGAGUGGAACUGUGUCCUACGAGUCGAUUCCGGUGGCGAAUGGACGAGUUGACCGACAAAUCCAUCGAGUCGCCAUCAAUUGCAUAAAACAACCGCCAAGACCACAGUUCGUCGCCAAAAAGGUGAAAUUGCUGAACAAAUCGGAUGUGGUCAAGAUCAUUCCGAUUGAUAUCAAUGCACUUCAUGCGCUUCAAAAAGUAAGAUCAAAACGAAACAAACAGCUGAAGACUGAAUCAUUAACUGUGAACCAUAUAUCUGAUAUUACACCUCAAUUUGAUAAGUGGCUUGACGAAGCGUUUAAUAAUAUGAACAAGAGAGAUGAACCAAAGAAAAAGCUGACUACCGAGAUUCGAAUCGACAUGCCGAGAAUUAAAGACGGAAAAGUGACAAUCAGCAAAAAGACAAUGAAUCAAAUCACGUUGAAUGCAUAUCGUGAACUAGUGGGUGAAGAAGCAACAAUUCAUCAAUGCUUUCAUGCAGCAGCGAACUAUGUCGACGUUCCCGAAGCGCCGGCGUCAGAAGAUCAUAGCUUGCCAGCAAUACCACUACCAACACCGAAAAUUGUGCUGCCAUCACGAGAAAAAGCAUAG